CUCCAUAGAAUUGACUCGUCUUUCUGUCGUCUCGAUCGUGCAAGGAAUCAAAUUUCUGACCCCUAAAUAGGCAAAAUGAGUGCGGAUAAAUUCCUUCAACUUCAAAAAGAUGUGAGACAUAAUCAAGAAGACAUCCAAUCUUUCUUGCGAGAUCUUGAUUCAUGGGAAACUAACAUCAAGAAGAGAGAUAACGAGUUAAAACAAGGCACAGGAGGAGAUGCUCCAGCAAGUUCGAAAGAAAAGGUAAUUCCACCAAUACGAAACAGAAAGGUUGACACCAAGAAGAAGCGCAAAAAGAAGCAGGAUAUUGGCAAUCCAACUGAUUCGAUCUCCAAAGAGGCUACCUCUGCUCAAACCAAUGGGUCAUCGAGUACAGAGGGGAAAAAGAUCCGCUGUUAUGACUACAGAACGUGGGAUAAAUUUGAUGUGGAUGCAGCCUGUGCAGCGUUGGAUAGUGAUGACGAAGAAAGCGCAAGGAAGGCACAAGAGGAAGACGACGAAGAGGAGGAGACGGACAGUGAGGCAGAGAGGGAAGAAAUGGAGACACAGCGGAAAAUAAUGGAGGCUAACGCAGAGAAAGAGAAGGGAAAUGUUUUCUUUAAGAAAGGCAAAUAUGAAGAAGCUUUAGCGUGCUACUCUAAAGGUCUGAAUGUUGACCCCGACAAUGCACUUCUUUCUGCCAACAGAGCAAUGGCUCUUCUCAAAUUAAAGAGGUAUGAAGAGGCAGAGAAGGACUGUGACUUGGCAAUAUCCCUUGAUUGUACAUACGUCAAGGCAUAUGCUCGGAGAGGGGCUGCCAGACUGGAACUCAGUAAAUUAGAAGAAGCCAAAAAAGAUUUCCAGCAAGUGUUGAACAUAGAAACAGAGAAUAAGCAAGCUAAGAAUGAGAUCAAGAAGAUAGAUAAACUGCUGAAGGAGAGAGAAGAAGAAAGACGUCGAGCAGAAGAACCUUCAAACGUAGUUCACGCUGUUGAAAAACCACCCCAUCUUAGGUCAAAGAGACCUUUGAAGAGAAUGACAAUACAAGAAGUUGGAAAGGGAGUGGCCGAAGAAAAACAGAGGGAGAGAGAAAAGAUGAAGAUGGAAAGGGAAAAGCUCAAAGUAAAACAAGGAAAGGGUGACAGCGUGCCAUCGGACCAAAGGAAACAAAAUGGAGAUUUGGAUAGAACUGAUGAUAAAACGAUACAAGAGAUCAAAUCAAGGACUGAUGGCAGUAGUGACGGAAAGGCAAUGGAAAGUAAUUGUCCAAAGAGUUCAGGCUCAAAGCAAGGCAAGGGGGAUUCCCCAAGAGGAGGAGGAGGGGUUUCCCCUAGAGUGGCAUCCAACAAGCCAACCGUUCCUGGUGUGCCAUCGACAUCCUACCAGCUACAGGCAGACUGGAAAAGACUGCAGUCACAUACUGAUGUCUUAUUUGAAUAUUUCAAGAAAAUCCCACCAGCCAGCUAUCCAAAGCUUUUCCAGAACUCUUUAGAGACUGCAAUGCUGAACCAGAUACUCCACCUCUUAACAGUGUCUUACAUUCCGUCCAACACGCCCAUCUUUGAAACGCUGGAGAGGCUAACGGCUGUGAAGAGGUUUGAUAUGAAUGUUAUGUUCAUGUCGCAAAGAGAAAAACAAGUAAUACAAGGAUUGUUUUCUCAUCUGAAAUCAGAAGUGGAUGAGCAAAAGCAUUGGCAGCUUGCAAAGAAGUAUGGUUUAUGACACAACAAUCUCUCCCAGUUUGAUCAUGGAGCUUGUUAAAGCAUAAAAUGAACCUAACAAUCAACCAAGAAAUUGCAGAUGUGUGUGUUAUAGAUUAUGAAUAACUGUUAUGGUUACAAAAAGGAUAUUCAGUUCUUGGAUUGCACAUACCUGAUCAUCAUCUAAUGUCUCAAUGAGCUUUCAAAGUAUUUUGGAUGAAUCUACACUGGCUUUAGCCCAGCUGCCUUUUACGGCACACAAGCAAUUCAAGGAUCCUGCCAGGUUCCCAAUUACCACACCUGGGUCGGGUGUGGCAAUUAUAUUUUAUGAUCUGGAUCAUGAAUAUCAGUCUGCCUGGGCAAAUUGGAGUUUGCAAGUUCAACGUCAAGAGAGAUUCCUUAUCGAGUGUUGCAAGGAUAUAAAAGCUGUUGGGACAAUAACAAAUGGCAUUAUGGGGUGCCGAUUAUGGAGCGUGGAGCGUUGUGGCCCAGU